UCUAAAAACGUAUAGUUUUGUAAGAUUCCAAAAUGUCGGUGGUCAUUGAGACCACACUGGGAGACCUGACGGUCGAUCUUUUCACGGACGAGCGACCAAUUGCUUGCUUGAACUUUAUAAAACUUUGCCAGUUGAAAUACUAUAACUUUAACCUGUUUCACACUGUGCAACAAAACUUCAUAGCACAAACCGGCGACCCAAGUGGCUCUGGAGAUGGCGGCUCCUCCGUCUGGGGCGUGGUGGAAGGCUCGCAGAAGCGCUUCUUCGAAGCUGAAUACCUACCAAAGAUACCCCACUCAAGUGCCGGUCUGCUCUCUUUAGUUAGUGCCGGCAAGAAUCUUGUGGGUUCGCAAUUCUUUUUUACACUGGGCGAAAAUCUAACAUCGUUGGACGGCACUCAUUGCGUUAUUGGAGAAGUUGUAGAGGGGCAUGAGCUGUUGCGGAAGCUCAAUGAUGCCAUUGUGGACGACAACUUCCGCCCCUAUCAGGACAUCCGCAUAACUCACACCGUCGUUCUCGAAGAUCCAUUUCCGAAUCCGCGUGGUUUUCAAGUUCCCAGCCGUUCGCCGUCUCCCAGUGUAGAGCGGCUGAAGAAUGGACGCAUCGCAGCUGACGAGGACAUCGACGACACCGACGGUAAAACGAUGGAGGAAAUGCAGGAAAUGUUGGCAGAACGCGAGGCGAAAGCACGUGCCACGAUUCUCGAAAUUGUGGGUGACUUGCCGGAUGCUGAUAUGGCGCCACCCGAGAACGUGCUUUUCGUGUGCAAACUUAACCCUGUGACGACAGACGACGACUUGGAGAUCAUCUUCAGUCGCUUUGGCGUGGUCAAAGGAUGCGAGGUGAUACGUGACCGCAAGACGGGCGACUCCUUGCAGUACGCCUUUGUGGAGUUCGAGGAGCAAAAGUCAUGUGAGGCAGCCUACUUUAAAAUGGAUAAUGUGCUCAUUGACGAUCGACGCAUUCACGUUGACUUCUCGCAGUCCAUAUCGAAAGUGACCUGGCGGGGCAAAGGACGAGGCGUAAUUGGCUCCGAUGGCAAACUUGACUUUAACAACUUGAGAGAAAGCAAUGGGAAAAGUCAAGCGAGCAAAGCCAGAACCGAUGGACGUAAAGAUGGACAAGAUCGUAAUAAGGAACGAAGUCGGAUGAGUUCCGCGGAACGGAGAAAAGCCCGUGAACUUCGACACCAGGAGCAAAAGGAUCGCGACAGUCGUAGUCGAGGCAAUAAGUCACAGCGCUCUAGAUCCAGAGACCGCAACAAUAGACACCAAGAGCGCCCAAGGUCAAGAGAUCGGCAUCGCACCGAUCGACAUCAAGAUCGGUUCGAUCGACGACGAUCACGAUCAAGAGAACGCAGCGAUCGUCGAAAUCCUUCGCCCUAUAGAGGCAAUCGUUACUCGCCGGAGCGUAGACGUCAAGAGGAUCGUCGUAUUAGAAGCAGAGAUAGAGAUCAUAGACCUGCAAUUAGGAACCAGGAGAACGUACAUCACCAAAUGGAAAACAAGCGUAGGGAACACAAGGAGGAAAGAUCAGAGAGUUUUACAAGAGAUCGCAAACGUUUAGCGUUGGAAAAAGACAGCAAAAUAAAGAAGAAAUCAAAACGUGAUAAAAGCAGCAGUUCCGAUUCUAGUGACUCCUCCGACGAUAGUGAAUCAUCCUCUUCAGAUAGUUCAGAUGAUAGCUCAUCCUCAGAUGAACGCAGCAAGCACAAGAACAGCAAGAAGUCGAAACAAAAGAAAUCCAAGUCGAAGAACAAACACAAGUCAAAGAAGAAACACAAAAAAUAAUAGUUGCUAUCAUUUAACAAUACAAUAUAUAAUUUAUAAUAAUUCGCUAA